AUGGGCGAGCGACGCGCACGAGACAGAGGUGGCGGCGCGGGCGAGGUGGGCGGCGGAGUGCUGAGAGGCGGCGGACAGAGAGAGAGCAGGGGAGAAACGCAACAGAGGUGGGCGUCGGCCGUGGGCUGCUGGCGACGAAGCUGGGUUGUGCGCGAGGUAGAGCUGGGGCUGCUGCAGAGGUGGAAACGAGCUGGAGGGAGGCGCGGAGUGCUGGUUGGCCCGCCGCGCGUGAGAUUGGGCGGCAGAGUGGGCGGCUCGGGCGGCAACAUGGGAGAGAUGAGCUGGUGGUGGAGAGAGCGAGGGGGUGAAGGGGAGAGAAGGGACGCGGUGGCUGCUGGAGGCUCGCGUGGCAGCGGGAGUAGAACGGAAAUAGGACAACAUGUGGAAAUUGAGCAGGAAAAGAAUUCAGAGGGGAGAGCUUGUCCCAGGGGCACUUUUGGAACAGAAGGCACCAAGUCCAUUUUGUGUAUGCCUCGAUCUUCUCGUACAGGUGAUUUGAUUUUUGACCACGAGAUAGAGAAGAUCGCGCGUAGAACGAGAAAGGAAACCAGACAACUCAGAGAAGAGCACUCCAGGGCUACAUCUCAAAGACCCGAGUCAGAAGUUGAACCAACAGAUUCGUUUGGUGACACUUCAAGUGACUCUGACCAGGAGGAAGGAACCAUGGCUAAUGCACAAACAUUAAGGGAGUUGGCUGCUCCUGAUUUAACUCAGCAGCCUUUGUGCAUUACUUUCCCCGCUUUAAAUGACAACAUUCCAUUUGAACUAAAAUCUGGUCUGAUUCAGCUUUUACCCUCUUUUCAUGGUUUACCAGGUGAAGAGCCGUAUAAGCAUCUGCAGGAGUUUGAUGUCGUUUGCAACAGUAUGAAACCCCCGGGAAUCACAGAAGAGCAGAUAAAAAUGAGGGCAUUCCCCUUCUCCUUGAAAGAUUCUGCGAAGGACUGGCUGUACUACCUGUCACCAGGUAGCAUCACCACGUGGGGCCAAUUGAUGAAAAAAUUUUUGGAUAAAUAUUUUCCUGCAUCCAGGGCUGCAAGUCUAAGGAAAGAAAUUUGUGGGAUCAAACAGCAUCCAGGGGAGUCACUUUACGAGUAUUGGGAACGGUAUAAGAACUUGUUGCGCAGGUGCCCCCAACACCAAAUAAGUGAGCAGUUGAUCAUACAAUAUUUUUAUGAGGGACUCAUUUUUAGAGACAGGAGCAUCAUUGAUGCUGCAAGUGGAGGGGCACUGGUGAACAAAACCCCUCAGGAAGCACGGGAGUUAAUAGAGGGGAUGGCAGAGAACUCACAGCAAUUCAGUACAAGAGAGGAUGUUCCAAUACGUAGGGUGAAUGAGAUAGAGACACCCUCUGUGCAGCAGCAGCUAAAUGAGUUGACUGCUUUUGUUAGGCAACAGGCUGUGAGAAAUGCAUCACAAGCCAGGGUAUGCGGGAUUUGCACCGGUAUAGGCCACUCUGCAGACAUGUGCCCAAUGAUUCAGGAAGAAACUGCAGAACAGCCACCAGGGUACCAGCAGCAAUACCAACCCCGACCACCUCCGCCCCCUCAAUCCGGUUCAUCUAUGGAGGAGAUGAUGAAACAAAUGAUGACAACCAUGGCACAAAAUCAGCAAAGGACAGAGGCAACUAUUAUGCAAAAUCAGCAAAGGACGGAGGCAACCAUUAUGCAACAUCAGCAAAGGACGGAUUCCGAAAUGCAGGACAUAAGGAAUCAGAUAAGUCAACUGGCCACAACAAUCAACCGCUUGGAUGCCCAAAAUCAAGGUAAAUUGCCAUCUCAACCUGAGUUGAACCCGAAGAAUGUGAGCGCCAUGACCUUGAGGAGUGGCAAGGAAGUUCAAGGGCCUGAGCCUGUGAUCCCCAAGGACAAGGAUGAAGAGAAGAUCGAAAGUGAGCUCGAAAGGGAGGACAGCAAUGACGCCAUCAAACAAGUACCAAAAUAUGCCAAGUUCCUAAGGGACUUGUGUGUCAACCAAAGGCGAUUGAGAGGGGAUGAACGGGUUAUUGUUGGGGAGAAUGUGCUAGAAGACGAUGCCAAACCUGUUAGGCAAGCUCAAAGAAGGCUCAACCCCCUCAUGAUGGAAGUUGUAAAGAAAGAGAUUCUAAAACUGCUAGAUGUGGGGAUCAUCUUUGCAAUAUCUGAUAGCCCUUGGGUGAGUCCGGUUCAGGUAGUCCCGAAGAAGGCAGGAGUAACGGUAGAAGCCAACCAAACGGGUGAGCUCGUGCCAGUGCGCAAACCCACUGGAUGGAGGCAGUGUAUAGACUACCGUAGGCUGAACGCCGUCACUAAAAAGGACCACUUCCCUCUCCCUUUCAUUGACCAAAUGGUUGAACGUUUAGCUGGUAGAGCUUAUUAUUGCUUUUUGGAUGGAUUUUCAGGAUACUUUCGGAUAGCAAUUGCCCCGGAGGAUCAAGAGAAGACAACUUUCACGUGCCCGUUCGGGACCUUUGCCUACAGACGAAUGCCAUUUGGGUUGUGCAAUGCACCUGCGACUUUCCAAAGGUGUAUGGUGAGUAUUUUUUCUGAAUACGUGGAGAAAAUUAUUGAAGUUUUCAUGGAUGAUUUCAGUGUGUAUGGUGAUAGUUUUGAUACGUGUUUAGAUAACCUGAAAUUGAUCCUGAUAAGGUGUAUAGAGACUAAUCUUGUGCUAAAUUGGGAAAAAUGUCAUUUUAUGGUUGAGCACGGAAUAGUCCUAGGUCAUAUUGUAUCGUCUAAGGGCAUAGAAGUUGACAAGGCUAAAAUAGACAUUAUUUCUGCAUUACCUUACCCCGCGAGUGUGCGGGAGGUGCGUUCUUUUCUUGGACAUGCAAGUUUUUAUCGAAGGUUCAUCAAGGAUUUUUCAAAAAUUGGAGCCCCGUUGUUCCAACUUCUACAAAAGGAUGUGACCUUCGAAUUCAAUGACAAAUGUGAGAAGGCCUUUAACAAGCUGAAGGAAUUGCUGACUUCACCCCCAAUCAUCCAACCCCCCGAUUGGAAUUUGCCAUUUGAGAUCAUGUGCGAUGCCAGUGAUCAUGCUAUUGGGGCUGUAUUGGGGCAAAGAGUAGGGAAGGCAGCUCAUGUCAUCUAUUACGCAUCCCGGGCCUUGAAUGGAGCCCAGUUGAAUUAUUCCACCACUGAGAAGGAGCUUCUUGCAGUUAUUUUUGCUUUGGAAAAAUUUAGGUCAUAUUUGCUAGGUGCUAAAGUAAUUGUAUUUUCUGACCAUGCAGCAUUAAGGUACCUAAUGACCAAGAAAGAUGCAAAGCCGAGACUCAUCAGGUGGAUAUUGCUACUACAGGAAUUUGACCUGGAGAUAAGGGACAAGAAAGGCUCAGAAAAUCUAGUAGCAGACCAUUUAAGUCGCAUACCAAUUGGGGAGGAUAAGGAACCAUUGAAAGAUGCAUUCCCUGAAGAGCAUUUAUUUUCCUUAAAUUCUCAAUUGCCUUGGUAUGCUGAUUUAGUCAAUUAUCUAGUAACGGGUGAUUUUCCUGCAGGUUGGCCAAAAUCGAAGAAGGAUAAAUUGAAGAGUGACGCCAAGUACUUCAUCUGGGACGACCCGUACCUAUGGAAAAGGUGUGCAGACCAAAUAAUGAGGAGAUGUGUAAGUGAAACCAAUGGUCAGGCGGAGGUGACAAAUCGGGAGAUUAAGUCCAUUUUAGAGAAAAUGGUGCGCCCUGAUAGGAAAGACUGGAGCCAAAGGUUGGAAGAUGCACUUUGGGCCUAUAGGACGGCGUACAAGACUCCUAUAGGGAUGUCACCGUACCGGUUGGUAUUUGGGAAGUCGUGUCAUCUUCCAGUGGAAUUCGAGCAUAAGGCUUUUUGGGCGAUAAAGCAAUGCAAUAUGAAUUUAGAGGAGGCCGGUGCUCAACGGAAGUUGGAUUUGCAAGAAUUGGAGGAGAUCCGGAACGAAGCAUACGAAAACGCCUUGAUUUAUAAAGAGAAAAGCCGGGCAUUUCAUGACCAACAAAUUUCAAGAAAAACAUUUGAAGUUGGUCAGAAGGUUCUCCUGUACCAAUCCAGGCUCAAGUUAUUCCCAAGUAAGCUACGUUCCCGUUGGAUUGGACCUUUUAUUGUGACUCAUGUUUUUCCAUAUGGUGCAGUUGAAAUCCAAAGUGCUAAGACAGACAACAAAUUUGUGGUGAAUGGACACCGUCUCAAAUAUUAUUACGAAGGAUUUUCAGGUAGAGAGGUGGAGACAACUAGGCUAGACGAGCCACCGUGUCCUAAUCAGUGA